UGCGCUGCGGGGUGAAAGCCCGGCCGGGCCCUGUUUGCAGUGGCAGCGCUUGGAGGAGCGAGCGAGCGAGCGAGCGAGGGAGGGGGCGGGUGCUGGGGGGAGGACCAUGGAGGAGCAGAGCUGCCCGCGGUGCAAGACCACCAAGUACCGGAACCCUUCCCUGAAGCUGAUGGUGAAUGUCUGCGGGCACACGCUAUGCGAAAGUUGUGUGGAGCUGCUGUUUGUCCGGGGGGCUGGAAACUGUCCAGAGUGUAAUACGCCGCUGCGGAAGAGCAACUUCAGAGUACAACUCUUUGAAGAUCCUGCCAUAGAUAAGGAGGUGGAAAUUCGGAAGAAAGUAUUGAAAAUAUACAAUAAAAGAGAAGAUGACUUUCCCAGUCUAACGGAAUAUAAUGAUUUCCUGGAAGAAGUAGAAGAAAUUGUGUUUAACUUGACCAACAAUGUGGAUUUGGAGAACACCAAAAAGAAAAUGGAGCUGUAUCAGAAGGAUAACAAAGAAGUCAUUCAGAAAAACAAGAUAAAAUUGACUCGGGAGCAAGAGGAGCUGGAGGAAGCUUUAGAGGUGGAACGACAGGAAAACAAACAACGGCGACUGUUCAUACAGAAAGAGGAACAAAUGCAACAAAUUAUAAAAAGGAAAAAUAAACAGGCACUUCUGGAUGAACUGGAAAGUUCCCAUCUCCCGGCCUCUCUGCUCUUAGCUCAACAUAAAGACAGAGCUACACAGCUAGAAAUGCAGCUGGAAAAACCCAGACCAGUCAAACCAGUCACAUUUUCCACUGGCAUCAAAAUGGGUCAGCAAAUUUCAUUAGCGCCCAUCCAAAAACUGGAAGAAGCCCUGUAUGAGUAUCAACCAUUGCACGUUGAGACCUAUGGGCCACAAGUUCCAGAUAUUGAACUUCUGGGAAGGCAGGGAUAUCUAAACCAUGUCCGAGCUACCUCUCCACAGGAUCUUGCGGGAGGCUACACUUCCUCCCUUGCCUGUCACCGAGCCCUACAGGAUGCUUUCAGUGGGCUUUUCUGGCAUCCCAGCUAGCCUGCAGACCAGCCUGUGAGCAGUGGAGACUGGCCUGCAACAAGGAGCAAGUCAAGAAAUGUCCAGUAAAACUGCUGUCCUCUGCACUAUCGUUAACCUGCUGUCUCGCUUUUCAUGUAGAUGUAAAUUACUGAAACACAGCUGGCUUGACUAAAGUAUUUUUAAAAGAAGUCUGCACAAGAGCUUUAUAAAGUGGUGGAUGCAUUUUUGUGGAAGGGGAACUCUUUAUUCAUGUGGCACUUUCCUGAGAGGGGCUGAAGCAAUAAGCCACAUCUAAUGGAAGAUGUGAAUAAUUCAGCUAUGGAUGUUUGAGGUUUAGAAAAGAGACUUGUAAAUUUUUUUUAAAUAAAACCAGACGUUUUAUUAAAUU